AUGCCAUUCACCGUCAUAGCCACCUACCGCUCAGAGACACGGAAAUUGGCUUUCCUGAAUGUGAUUCCUUUCCUUCAUUCGACCAACUUUACCACCAGGGUCUUCCCAAUAAGCCAUUCCAUCAUUCUUUCCAAGCUACUCUUUUCACCGGACGCCUCCGCUCGGGUGCUUCUAUCCAGGGAAGUGCGCAAUGCCGCAGAGUAUGAUCUCGCUGUCGCUCCCUUCAAGGGCAGAGCUUGGAUGGGUCCGUCGCUAAGGGUUUCUGUUUCCGACGAAACUCUACAUAAACUCCCAUCCAGUCCUCAGCCUCAGGCUUCAAAUCCACAGAAGCCGGUCGUUUCUAAUCCAUUCCCUGUCGUAGAACCAUCUUUCGGCAAGCCUGAAACAAAUGAUCCGCCUACUGUCCCGCAGCAUGACAUUGCUUCAUGCUGCGCCAUUGCACAAACUAGGAAGGAUCUACCGAAGAUACCGCUUCAGGUUCCGCCUUCUAACGUACCUGAAUUGUCGUCAACUCUUUCCCUCCCUUCUGUGCCUAUGUAUCCGCCUCUUUGUCAGUACAAUCUUUGUUGGCGCUGUGGUGUCAUCAAACAGGGUCCUUGGUUCAAUUGCUCGACAUGCAACAACAAGCUGUGCGUCACCUGCCUUGAGACUACGAGCAUUAGUGAUUGCUUUUUCGGAAGUCCUCAUGUUUGGAAGAAGCAAACAUGCAGUUACUGUGCCCCCAAUUCCUCGCCUACUCUUACACCCUCUCCAUUACAACCCACCUCCUGGGGCUCUGUUCCUUUGACAUUUGGAUCUCUUUCGCUUCCAUCUGUUCCUGCAAUCGCACCUGUACUUAGGGAGGAUAGUGCAUGCGAAGCGCUGCCGAUUGCCGUGCACCCAGCUACACAUCCAUUGUUGAAACUUAAAGAUGUUGGCACUGCUCUAUCCACAGUAUAUUGCAACAACGUCGGUGAAUCUCGACUGCCUGCCAAUGAUAUCGCAACAAGCGCGUCAGGCUGCUCUCCUAUCAAGGCUGCACCCGCCAGUCUUCGUGCGCCUUCACCCGCUGGUUCCUAUGGAUCCGGAUGCUUGCGGAACCCCGCAGCUGGGACCUAUGGUAUACCUUCGCCUGAGGCUCAGCCUCCUUCACCCUUUUACUUUAGAUCCGAAUCUGCUCGCAGCCAAACGCCGGAAAGUGAAGUGGAAAAUACUUCACUCCCUGCUCCUGCUCCCGUGCGCAACUUUUCACCCGUCCCUCCGCGGAGCCCCUCGCCUACCAUGAUGAUACCUGGCGCUCUUCAAUCUCCCGCCCAUCGAAUCUUUAUCGUUGUCGACUAUGUUGCGGACUUCUCCCCCUAUUACUCUUCCCCCUAUUUAAAGCCCCGUUCUCCGUUCGUUAUUCCUGGAGAGUAUAUGUUUGAAUCUCAACGCGCCCCUGCUCGUUCGCCUAGUCCAGAACAUACCUGUGAUUAUCCGGAGAUCAGACAUUUGAUGGACGACGAGCCUUCCUUCUCCCGUGACCUGCGUCGUUCCAUGGUACAGUCAACUGGAAGUGGGAUACCUGCUGAAGAGUCUUCUAUUGUUGGAGGCUCUUAUUGGUACACCCUCCGCCCCCGUGCCUCUGCAAUGGCGGGAGCAGACCUUGGCCGGAAGCCGCAAUCAGUUGGCGUCGUUCAACCUAACGAACAAAUUGAGUUGUGGCCCACCGGAGAACUCAAAGCGCCUGAAAAUCUAGGUCGCUAUGUGGCGUACUACAGACUCAGAUAUGUCGAAGGAAACCUCUUUGGUCACAGCAUCUGGCUCGAUAUCACCGUCUCCGAAGCUUUCCAACGAGACAGCCCAGAAAUUCUAGCUUCCUCGGAUUAUUUAUCGUCGUCUUCCAUCGUAAUUAUGCCUACAGCUGCUCCCACUCCCUCUUCCGCUGUUGCAAACAGCGAUGCGAACGGGAACGGUGCUCCUGAAGGACUGCACCGAAAUUCGUCAAUAAGUGACAGUCACAAAUGCUUUGACCGCCGCCAUGACUAG